AUGCAUUCAUCCCAACAACAUUUAUUUUGGGACAUUGGUGGUUAUUCCUCAAAAAGCCCAACUCAUCAUCUUCAACAGCAACAAUACUCACAGCUUCAACAGCCAUCUGCCUCUCAGCAAAUACACAGCAAUCUUUUUUAUGAACAACAACAAUCACAGUCUUAUUUAACUCAAAAACCACAGAUGUCUCUUCAAUCCCUUCAAGAUUCACGAGAGUACAAUAUUGAUUUUAUCUCGCCUUUGUAUACUAAUACACAGCAACGUCUAUUAAAACCCCAACAAGAGCCAUUACCUAACGCAACAGACGACAGACCGAACGUGAACUUGAAUACAGUUGAGAUUGCCGAGUUUGCUUCGACAAUGGUUUAUUUGAUGUGGCAUGUGAGAAGACAAUCCGUCAUAGACCUACAUUCUACCUCGAAACUCAGUCCCAGCAGUGCAGCAGUUUCUGAUCGACUCAAUAGUGGUCAAAAUUUAGAACAAACAAAAGUAACUGUAAAUAUGGCAAAUAUGACAAGUGCAGCAUUUAAAAAAUAUUGUCGGCAAGUCUUGACAGCAACACAAUUAUCAGAAUCCGUCAUUUUAUUGUCGUUGAAAUAUAUAGCCAUGCUAUUACAGAAUAGCCCGAAUAUUCAAGGUGCAGAUGGAUCAGAAUAUAGGUUGUUUACAGUAGCACUGAUGUUGGCGAAUAAAUUCUUAGAUGACAAUACAUUCACAAAUAAAACUUGGUCAGAGGUUUCCGGCAUGAAAGUAAUGGAUUUGAACAUUAUGGAAAUAGAGUUUCUGGAUGUAUUACAUUUUAAUUUAACUAUCUCAAAAGAAGAAUAUGAAAGAUGGAGGACAGCGUUAUACGGAUUUAGGGAUCAGCUCUUGAAUUGCCAAAAUGCAGUCGCAAAAGCUGAAUUGCAAAGGCAGAGAUUGUUGGAAACAAUGGCUAUUUCGGUUAGUAAUACACACAUGAAGCAGCAACAACAAAACCAUCAACAACAGCAUCAACAGCAACAACGACAGCAACAUAACUUUUACCUUUUCAAUAAUAACAGUAAUUCUCAACAAUCUUAUCCGCCCAUUCCCUCUGCUGCGGCAAUGAAUGGCCCAGUAAUGAGAGUUCCAUUGCGAAUUCCUUCUAGGCCAAUUUAUCAUCAACAUUCGACAACUCCAACAUCAUACAAACAAUUAAACAAUAUCUGUAGCAUGCCUAAUCCGUACGUGUACGCCACCCCGACUUCAGCCUCUAUUAGUCAAAGCGCUACACCUGCUAACUGUCACAUGUACAAUACGACAGUACCGAUAAAUACGAUAAGACCGUCUCAACAGCAAACUUUUACAUCUUAUAGUGACAGCAGCAAUGGUACUAAUCGUACGUCAUCACUACCAGAAAAACUGCAGCAGCUACAACUACAACAGAAUGAAUAUCAAAGCAAUUAUUUUUCUUAUGCGACGCCUACAUCUACACCAACAGACGUAGGCUACAGGAAUAACAAUAAUCCUUAUAGUAGCGGUGUAUAUAAUCAGCAACAGUCAAAGACCUCUUCUUAUGAUAAGACCAAUAACAAUGAUUUCACUCAACGGUUGGUACCGGUUACGCCUACAGGGCAUUACUUGCAACAACCGCAAUUACAGUCUCAGCAGCAACAACAGAAUUUAAUGGUAAUGCCUCAAUUACAGACUCCACUGCAACCUCAGCAUCAUCAACCAAUUGUAACUCAACAAAAAGCACCAACAAUGGAAACCUCUCUUAACAGCUAUUGA